CACCUGUUUUUAAACAACACUGGAUUUAGGAAGUCUUUGGACAACAUGUCGAAGCAGCCUUCAUCAAACGUCAGAGCCAUACAGGCCAACAUCAAUAUUCCGAUGGAGGCUUUCCGUCCUGGAGCUGGACAUCCUGUGAAGAGAAAAGAUGACUCUGUAGAUACUGAGGAGGUGUCUCCAGUGACAUCAGAAGAGAAAAAACAUCUUCCAGGUGCAGUGAAGCUUCCUGGACCUGCUGUAAACCUCUCAGAAAUUCAGAAUGUGAAAAGCAAACUGGCAGCUAAAGGCGACCAAUAGUACCAUGGUACAAAUGUUUUGAUAUUUAAAC